AUGCAGCUCGAUGGGGCAAAGUGUCGAGAGACCACGGCGACUGAUUCGACGCUGCGGCAGAGAUCUGUUGACAGGGCGGGUUGGGUGUGUGUGUGGUGCCUGGUCGGCAUGCCUUGCCUCCAGAUCAACUUCGCCUGGAUCUCUCGCCCUCUGGGCCUCUGGGCCUCUGGGUCUCUGGGUGGUGGCACCAUGGCACAGGUGCUUAUACGGAUUGAGCCACCGGCCCUUCGGGUCAUGGGAUGGAUGAUGGUCCCCCUCCGGAUUGCACAUGCCAGAACUGCAGUCUGCUCGCCGGUACAAAGUAGUCCUGACCUCCUCUACCGCGUCACCGGGACUAUAAUCGAGUCUCAACAACGCCUCACUCGACCACGGCGAUCCCAAAGACCUCACGUUCACAGCAGCAGCAUGUCGGAAACCACAUAUGGCUCCGCGCCCAAGUCCAAGGCCAGAGGUGGCCAUUGCAAGAGGUUCUGGUGGGUCUACCUCUUGGUCCUGAUUGUCAUCAUCGUUAUUGUCGUGCCAUGCAUAAUUCUGGUUGCCGUUCCCAAGAUGGCGCAGCAGAAGGUGGACGCCGCCCAUCUGUCCAUCGAGGGCAUCACCAUUUCCCAAAGCGAGACAAACUCACUCAACAUGGCCAUCAACUCGACCAUCACGACUGAUGGGAGUGCCCACGCAAAGAUAGCAGCCUUCAGUGGUACGAUGUGGCUCCUGGACCACGAUCCGCCCUUGGCCUUCGCCACUGUCGACUUUCCGGAGGUGUCCUCGGAUGCUCUGGUCACGGUCAACACCAGUCAGCACCUACCUAUCGAGCAUAUGGAGGAGCUCACGCUAUUCAACCAGUAUCUCCUCGCCAAGGAAACAGUCAACGUCAGGGUUCAGGGAGACACGACUAUCCGAGUAUCCGGCAUCGCCCGAGAUUACCCAAUUACCUUCUCCAAGGACGUCGAGAUCGUCGGCUUCAAUAACUUUGCAGGCAUGAAGGUUGAUAAUACGUCCGUUUCGCUCUCUACAACGAAAAACUUCAAUGCCACUGCAACGAUUCCAAAUCCCACAAUCUGGACAAUUGAUGUUGGCAAUGCAUCAUUCUAUACCUUCUUCAAUGGUGCUAACAUUGGCAACUCUAACAUCACCAACAUGGUCCUAUAUCCAGGCGAUAACGUCUUCCCAAUUCAGGGAGACAUUCAGCAGCUUCCCGUGCUCAAGGCUCUUGAAGGGAAGCCAUACUGUGAAAAUGGGGGCAUCCUCCCCUUUCAGAUAUCGGGACACACAGUCGUGAACAAUGGCCAGCCUAUUCCGUGGCUCGCCGACGCCUUGGCUGCCUCGAAUCAGAGUGUUACCAUCGACAUUGGCAGUGCUGUCAAACCUCUUGGUGUUCAGGUUUCAUGCCGCAGCAGCAAUACUACGUCUUAA